AAUCAUUUUAACAUACAGAGAUGAACAUUUGUAGAAAAUACAUUUAAAGGUGUUUUUAAAAAGUGUUAAAUUACUUUAAAACGGAAAAACAAAUCGCCAAUAGGUGGCAGCAAGAGACCUCUUUAAUCGAGUGAAGCUUUAAGUGAUUCAUUCAGCCACGAAUCACUGAUUCAGUGACUCGCCCGACUCUAUACAGAGUCCUGAAUCAUUCGUGUAAGGAAACGCCACUGUGUAUUAUUCAGAGAUGGCCAACUGUUCUGCUGUUUAUUUUAUUAUUAUCAUAGUAAUGAUUUCACUAUUAUUAAUGAGAAAAUAACGCGGAAGUUUUUAGCGCCUUGUCACGUGAUCGUCAACAUCCAUGGCAACGGUUCUAUUUGUGUUGUUUUGAACUUCGCUCAUUGGCAUCUGAUCUCGGCGUCCUUCUUGGCUACUGAUUCCCAGAUUAUUGAUUGUUGGAUACAUCGAUUGAUCGUCUGCUUCUCCCAUCAUUCAGGUUUGACCCUUGUUAUCACACUGUGGUUUGUAUUCAGUAUGUCUUGUGUUCAUUACAGGUUUCAGAGUCGACUCACCUACGACUCGCUCCAGUUUGAGGGCCUCAACAUCACUGCGGGAGAGCUGAAGCGGCAGAUCAUGAGGCGCGAGAGGCUGAAGUUCUGCCAGCUGAAGAUCAGCAAAGCCCAAACUGAUGAAGAAUACACAGAUGAUGAUGCUCUCAUCCCCAAAAACAUGUCGGUCAUCAUCAGACGGGUCCCUGCUGCUGGACUGAAGUCCUCCAACAGAAGAUUUGUUGGGUAAGUCAUGUGAAAUGAGCGCAAUCAUCCUCUGAUAGAUGUUAUAUCAAGAGUUUGAGUCUGUCUGUGGUGUUUUAGUCACACAAGCUCCUUUGU